AUGUCUUCUACUAGCCAAGUCCAUCUCAUCCCUUGGGAUCCAAACUCCAGCGAACAUGUCGACAGGCUCGUCAAGCAGCGGGAGGACUGUGGUUGGGACAGCGAGAAAGUGCAACCACUUUGGCAAGAGAGACAAAGAUUGGGUAGGAAAUGCAUAUUUUGGAUUACACUCCCAAUUCCAACCGAUGAGCCUGAUGCAGACGGAAAACUGCUGCUGCAUUUCGACAUGUUCCCCAUGGAUAAGCGACCGUUGCAAGACACCAGUGCAUCCAUUCGUGGUACUCCUCGCGCCCCGACCCAUGAAUCCUUUUACCCAGUUGGUCAUAUUUCCCUGGACUCUGAAAACCCCGGCACGGAAGGGUUCGGCCUGGAUAUUCCUUCAGAAGGCGUUUACUGGAUAAAAACAUUCUAUGUGUCAAAGGCCUUGCGGGGUACCGGCAUUGGCCGUGCUGCCAUGGACACCAUAGAGAUGAUGGCGGUGGAAAAGCCGUUAAGUGCCCGCACUCUUGCUCUCGACACAGUCCAAAAAGAUAGCGCGAUUGCUUUGGCAAUUGAAAACACUGGCCAAUCGCCCAAGAUGACUGCCCAUGGCUGGUAUGAGAAACGCCACUACGAGUUAAUCCACACUGUUGAUGACUUUUACGCCCCUGGUCUCAAGACCGUGUUUAUGAAGAAGGACAUUACUUGA